AGCCGGGUGUGAACAGGCUGGGCCGCCCUUGUGCGGAGGUGGGUGCGAGCAGAAGGAAUUGCCCCUGUGCCCAAGUGCGCCUAACAGCAUUGCCUACCUGUGGCUACCUUAUGUUGCGUGAGCGACAGCGAAAUUGAUAAUGCGCCUGGUGUGUUUAGUAUAUGUGGUGUGGAACACCUGACAAAGAGUCCAAGAAAAAAGGUCUGAGCUUUGAGGAGAAGAGAGUUCGCAUGAUGGAGAUCUUUUUUGAAACAAAAGAUGUGUUCCAGUUGAAGGAUAUAGAGAAGAUUGCUCCAAAAGAAAAAGGGAUUACCUCGAUGUCAGUGAAAGAGAUUCUGCAAAGCUUAGUUGAUGAUGGCAUGGUGGACACUGAUAGAAUUGGAACUUCUAAUUAUUUCUGGGCUUUUCCAAGUAAAGCUCUUCAUGCCAGGAAGCGUAAAUUGGAAGAGUUGGAGUCUCAGUUUGCUGAAAGCAGUCAGAAAAAAGAGGCUUUACAAAAAAGCAUUGAGAAAUCAAAAAUUGGCCGUGAAGAUACUGCAGAACGUGCAGCCCUAAUAGAGGAACUUGCUGCCCUUCGGCAGAAAAAAGAGCAGCUGAAGUCAGAAAUAGACAAAUACAGAGAAUGUGAUCCAGAUGUCGUUGAAGAAAUGCGCCAAACAAACAAAGUAGCCAAGGAGGCAGCCAAUAGAUGGACAGAUAACAUCUUUUCAAUAAAGUCCUGGGCCAAACGUAAAUUUGGAUUUGAAGAGAGCAGAAUUGACAAAAGUUUUGGAAUCCCAGAAGACUUGGAUUACAUUGAUUAACGUUCAGCAGUUUAUGGCUGACACAGUUGUACAUAGUUUGUUAAAUAUUCUCAGUUGGCAUUUAAAUGUGUGUCUGAUUCCUCUCCAAACAACUGACCACCCUUUA